AUGAGUUCAAUACGACCCAUACAGAGCAGAUUAUCUGACAAUAUUUUAGAUACAGCCUCUCCACGUAAACAUAAAAUCAUGAACGCAGGACAAGAAAUAUUAAAACCUAAACCUACUUCCAAAAAGAGUUCUAGACCUACAAGUGUUCUUAUGGAUGCAUUCGAAGAUAUGACGGACAAGAAAGAAGACUUUUUCAAUCUUAUUGCACCAUAUUUCCACGAAAUACCUGUCCCUUCAGGUGUAAUACUUUGGUUUCAAGGAGAUACCCCCGAUUGUCUUUAUCUUGUUGAACGUGGUAUACUUCGUGCUACGUGGCGUGCAAAAGAAGGUGAUCCUUCUCGACCAGUUGAAAGUAUUCUGCCAGGUACUUUGGCCGGUGAACUAGGCUUUUUCACAGGAAGGAAAAGGGAUGCAACUUUAGUUACUGAUAGUGAAUGUAUCCUAUGGAAAAUGGAGAAAUCAGAUUUUGAUAGUUUACUCGCAAAAGAUCCAAAUACCGCAAACACUUUUAUGCGAUUGGCUUUAAAUUUCUCUGCCGAAAGAUUAAUUGCGAUGACUUAUUAUGCUUUUCAUUUAUCACUCUAA